AUGGACCUCGAGGCAGUUGGCUGGCGUCCCGCGCGUCGCCUGAGGCAUGUAACUGCUGUAUGCCUGCAUAACUUGUACGAUCCCGCAUUCGAUGGAGCUUCCGGCUACUUCUACGAGCUUUGCACCUGGGACGCGCAGCAAUGGGCCUGGUCGCGGUUUUACCGCAGCGAGCAGCUCGCGAACAACCGCGACCUUGACUGGGCCCGACAGCGCCUGGAUCCGGACACCGAAACCAUGCUUCAGGGCGUUCACCACCGCCCCGAUGUGGGUCCGCUGCGCCUGCGGGUAUACGCGACUUGCAACGACUCUACCGCCCCUAAAAGCAACUCUACCACCGUCGCCACGACACUGCGUCCCAGCAGUGGCUCCUGGCCUGUUGGUCAAAACGCUGCUGACGCUGCUGCUGCUGCCGACGACGACGACGACGACGUGCUGCCCAACCGGUCCUCCUCUGAUUACGAAGCGCAGCACUUGCCGCGUCUUCGGCGACAAGCUGACUGCUGCAUCGCACGUAACGGUGUUGGCAUGGCCCACGUUCUGCGGCCACCACUGCAGCCAUCACCACCGCCGCUGCCGCUGCUACCGCAGCCGCACACAGCAGCUAGGCUGAGUCCGGUUCACGUCAGCGCGGCCGGGGACAGCAGUGGCACAGCAGGCAAUGACGGCGUAUCUGGCCAAUGCUGGGAGCAGUCGCGGCUGGGGGUGGGGCUCGGGACGAUAUGCACGAGCACGGAGCCUUUGGAGGCGGUGGUGGAGCGCUCUUGGGGCAAGGUUUCGGGGCCAGGGCCGCCAAGCCUGCAAUUGCAGCAGCAGUCUCAUCAACAGCCUGACUUGCAGACCGACAUCACCUCAGCGUUCGGCGCACCGGCGGCCAUGCAGCAAAGCCGCGAAGGGUCGGGCGGAGAGGAUACAUAUCAGGGUGAUAAGGUGCAGCUGGGGCAAGGGCAGAGGCAGGGGCAGGGGGAAACAAAGCAUGUAACAAGGCAGCAGGGCGAUGUCCAUAUGCCUAGGGAACGGGAUCAUCAGCGGCAGCAACAGCAGCAGGAAGUGGAGAAGGAGGAACAACAACAGCAGCAGCAGGAGCAGGAUGGCCGGUACACGGUGGUGUGCGCAGGAUCACUCAGAGCUCAAAACCCCGCAGGCGCCUGUCCGGAUGCAGAUGUGGUUGCGGCAACUGCUGAGGUGAUGCCGGCGCCACCUGCGAGCCCCGGCGGUCCUAAUGGCACCUGCAGCAGCGGACCCGGACCUGGAGCCAGCAGCGCCUGCAGCGGCAGCAGCAGUCGGAGCAGGAGCAGCGACUUUGGGGCUGUUCGGAAGGAGGUCUCUGCGGGGCAGUUGUCCAAUGGCGGCGGAUCCGGACCUGGUAGCUGCGAGGCGGAUAUAGGGGCGGUGGAUGUAGGGGCGGCGUCGGAGGCGAACUGCGUCGGAGGAAAUCUGCACGGCCGUGCUGCGGUGGCGGCAGCGGCCUCUGUUGCUGCUGUUGCUUCUGCGCUGCCGCAGCUGUUGGAUGCUCCUGCUCCUCCUUGGGAAGGGUCUAGGGGAAAUGCAGGGGGCGGCCAGGCGGCGCCCGACGGCGGUGGUUUCACGUGUAGAAGAAAGCACCAGGAGCAGGAACAGGAGCCGGAGCCGGGGCAGGGCCCGCAGCCGCCAAGGCUCCAGCUGGACUGGGACAUGAAGAUGGCGCCUGGCGUGCAGCGGCAAACUUGCGAAGCAGAAGACCCAGUAUCAGUCCGGGUGGACGAGACGGACCCCCAGCCUACGCCUCCCACCGAACCGGCGCAACCGGCCGAAGCUGCGACUGCGACAGGUCCCUCCUCUACGUCUUCAUCGUCGUCGUCCACGUCUUCCUCUCCUGCUUGCUCCCUUUCCUCCCCCUCCUGUCCCCCGGGAUCCGUUACUGUCGGCGAACUUUCCGCCGUAGGAGGGUCUCUUCUUGGAGUCAGGGAGGUGCAGCACGUCGUCGUCUGUGCCCAUCCCACGGAGGUGGGCUGCGCUGGCGGUAGCGGUGGUGAUGUUGGCCGUGGUGGCGGUGGUGGUGUGGGCGGCGGCCCCACACCAGAGCAAGCAGCGCUGCAGGAGCCCGAGGACGACGGCGGCAUUGGCCACCAGGAGGGGGGUUACAGCGACGUGGGGGAGCAGUGUGACGGGGAACAUGAGAGAUACCGGAUGAAUGAGGAACGAUAUGGUGGGGACGAGGAGGGCGUACGGUGGGGAGAGGAGGAGGGCAGCUAUGAUGGUGGUGAUGGCAGCGGUGACGGCGGCGGCAUGCGGCUAUUAGUGGAGCACGUCUUUGAGCUGAGGGAGCUGGUGUUCCUGGAUCCCCGAAUGCUGCGGCACGGCUGGUAUAUCAACCUCCCGCUGCUACUUAUGGAGCCGGGUCGGCAGCCCUUCGUCCCACCCUGCGCCCUGCCACCACCACCGCCGCCGCCACGGCCACCACCGCGUUCGGAGGACGAUAAGCGGGCGCUGCUCAGAUGGCUGCUCAGCAGCAGCAGCGUCGUACAGCCGCUACAGGCCGUUGGCAGCCUAGAGGAGGAGCUCCAAAAUGAUGAUUUCCUAGCGUCAGCAGCGGCGGCGGCGGAGCCCGCCGCCACCUCUGCCGUACCGGCCGACGGCCGACACCUCCACUCUCCACACCUCCAUCACGCGCACCAUGUUCACCUGCGUCCGCCCGCCCUACACCAUACCGGUAACGCCAACCCCCAUCAACGGUCUCUCAGCGCUGCCGACGCCGCGGCACUUUUGGAUCCCGGGCCCAUCCCCGGCUUUCUCCCGAGCGCCCUAGCGGUUCUCUUCCGGCAGGAAUGGCCUUGGGGUUCUGCUGCUGCCGCGGCGGCUGCAAUAGCGCCGCCGGCGGGGCCGCCCGGUUUACGGCAGUCUUCCUCAAGACAAGGGUUGGAACAGCCUCUGCCGCCGACGGCGGCGACGCCGGCAGCGGCGGCGGCCGCGUCGGAGCGGGGUUCGUGCGGCAGAGCUUCACCAGGUAGCCGCCGGGUAGCGAGCACGCCUUCAUUGGCUGUGGUGGCAGAGGUGGAAGCGGAUGCGGAAGCGGCGGAGGUGACCGUGGACAGCGCGCCAGGCGCGGGUCGCCUCGCAGGAAGCGCAGCGACCCUUGGGUCGCUCCUGCGCCCUUCUGGGGGCUCAGCCGGGGACUUUGUGCGCACCUGGAGCGGCGGCGACGCCGAUAGUGGUAGCCUGUCGGCGCCGGCGUCACCUAGCUCCUCUGCAGUGUCGUACAUCGCCGCGGCGGCCGCGGCCGCCGCGGCGACGUUGGGGGGCCCUGCUGCCGCAUCAUCGCUUGCCUCCGACGGCGGAAGCCAGACGUCACUGACCAGCUUGGCAGGUGGCCGAGCAGCCUCGCCGUCGCUGCCGUCGCCGUCAGGAACUAACAAUCAGGAGCUGCCUUCAGAAGGCCUGGCGGCCGUACAGCACUCCUGGCUGCCUGCCGCGCUGCUGCCACCCCGGCGCCCGGCGUCAAGGUCUCUUCGCCCCUUCGCCUCCUCUGGGCAAUUGACGGGAGGAGGAGCAGCCGCCGGCGGCGGCGGCAGCGGCGGCGCAGGCCCAACCGCCGGGCUGACGGCAGGGGACAGCCAGCCGCCGCUGAUCGAUUCCGCCGCCGCCAAGCGCGGCCCUGCUGCCGCUGCCGCUGCCGUCAGGGGCAGAAAGAGGGCGCCGUUAGGCAGAGGCCCCGCGCCUCAAUCUGCAGCGGCGGCGCCGCCGACAAACCAUUAUCAUAACCAUCAUAACCACCACAACCGUGGCCAAGGACACAACCACCAGCCGUACUUCGCCGCCGCCGCCGCUGCCACCUCGACUGCGGCCGCCGCCGUCGCGCCUUCCGUACAGCGGCUGUGCGAGCUGGUGGAGGUGCGCGCCAACAUCGGGAAGUUGACGCAGCUACAGGAACGCCUAACGGCUACGCGUGCUGGCGCCCUGGGCGUGCGGCGGCGGCUGGAGGCGGCGGCGGAGCGACGGCACCUGCUGGAUGACGUGCGAGCUAGGGCAGAGGCCGUGAGGGUGGAGGGGCGCGGGUGGUCGGUCCGGGUGGACGGGAUGGAGGCGCAGCUGCGCGCCAUGCGCGCGGAAGCGGUUCGGCGGCGUCAUGAGCUUCAUGACCGAGCUCGCGCUCUGGAGACAGCGGCCCGAGUGCUGCAGGCGGCUGAGCAGCGGCGGCUAAGUGCUCUGGAGCAGCUCGAAGGACCGUCGGGUCGGGGCCACUUGGCGGAGCUGACGGCGGCGCUGGCUGGACGUAGGAAUCGCCUGGUUUCGGAGCUGGGACGGAUAUUCCAGAUUGGGCCCAUCAGUGAGUCCCUUUUGGAUCCGGAUCCGCUGGAUCAAACCCUAGACAGCAGCUGGGCGGGGGAGUGGGCCAGAACGGCGGGGGACUGGGACCGCCAGACACAACAGCACCCGCAGCCGCAGCGGGAGGAGAAGGCCAGCGGGGGAAAGCAGGGCGCGGAGGAAGAUGGGCAUCCAGGGGGCGGCGGAGGCGGCGGGGCCGAGGGGGGGCCCCAGACGCGCCAGGGCGGGGAGGAGGAGCGGGCGGCGGGCCAGCAGACACCAGAAGGGACCGAGGGGGCGGCAAUGGCAGUGUCGGCGCCGUCGGGAUCAGCCUCUCUCUCUGGAAAGCUUCGUGGGAGCAAUGGUGGCGGCGGCGGUGGCGGCGGCGGCCCGGCUCUUGGCGGUGGUAGGGGUGGUGACGGUGGUGGUGGUCCCACACGGCUGGCGAUAAUGGGUUUGGAGCUCCCCCCGAACUUGAUCGAACGCAGCCUCCACGGAUCCGUCGGUUGGUCGCCGUUGGAUCUAGGCCGACGGUACGAUGCGGACCAGCGUACGGCAGCCGGUCUCGGCUACCUGGCGGCCAUUGUGGACCUGGCGGCCACCUACCUCGGCGUGCCCCUCCGCUACCCGAUCGCGCCACGUGUAUCUGUGUCGUACAUCUCAGAUCCCGUGCCGCCCAGUGCAAGCGUGCGAUCGGGGGCAGCCGCCCCGGUGGCGGCGGUGGCGCCGCUGGCGGCGGCGGCGCUGCCAGGCGCCGGAGGCGCCGGCGCAGCGGCCGCCGCCGGCCGGGGAGCCGAGUGGAGGCUCUUGACCAUCGCGACGGGCUCCCUGAACGCCGUUGCGGCGGCCGCCGGCCCCGCGCCGCCGCCGCUUCCGGCGCCGCCGCCAUUCGCCGUCGGCCUCAUUCCGGGACCCCGCGGCGUCGGCGUCGGUGGCCGGCUUGCGGUUUUCUCUUCAAUACUCAACGCAAAUCUGGACCCAUGGGUCGCGACCACACCCGCCGGCGCCGUUGGCGACGACGCCCACCCUGUCGGUCUUAACCCAGCUGCCGGGCUGCCGCUGUUCUGGGGCGACGGCGCCCGCGACCGCACGCGCUUCGCCUACGCGGUUUACUUGCUGAGCAAAGACGUGGAGCAGCUCCUGGAGUCUCACGGCAUUCCGCCUAUCGCACCCAACCAGCCGCUACCGAAUCUGUACGUCCUCAUCUCCGCAGCGGCCUCGGGAGUAUCCCGCCGCGCUGGGCGCGGCGGCGGCGGCGUUGGUGGCGUUGGUGGUAGCGGCACUAGCAGAUAG